AUGCCUCCCUGCCUGGGAUGGGUUCAUGAGGCUGGGUGUGCAGAACCCAGAGGCCAAGGAGGGGACUGGUCCCUGGAACCGCCUCCUUGGCCUCUCCUCUUUCCGUGCCAGGCUGGCGCGCGGGGGAGGCCUGGGACCUGGGAGGGGGAGCGGAAGCAGGGCAAGUGGGAGUGGGCCCCAGGCGUCAGGGGUCAGCAGGGCAGGGCAGGGGCGGCAGACAGCCGGGAGGCCGAGUCGGUCCAGGGUGUCUGGGGGAAGGAGCAGGGCGGGGGCCUGUGGCGCGGCUGGGGGGGCAGGAAGGCCCGGCACCACCCAGCUGCGACACCCCCACGCCUCCCAGUCGCGGGCUCCCACGUCACCAGGGAAAAAGGGAAUGGCAGAGCGGCUCGGAGAGGCUCAGCCAGGCAGGAACGGCCUGCGGUGAACGGGCCAGAGCGGGUCACCCCUGGGCCUGGGGACGUGGGGCUCAAGGCCAGCGGCCUCUCCCAGGGCCCAGCCCGCCUGCCUGAUAAGAUAGGCCGGCCUCCUCCCUGCCGCCCCCUGGGAAGUCCCCACCUGCCUUAUCGCCCUCUGCGGCUGUCAGACCCAGCUCGGGGAGGCCCCUCGUCUGUCAGCUGCUCUGGAAGCAGCCACAGUGCUCCCCAGAGACCCGCCGGCCCAGGAGGGAGGUUUUCUGGAGGCUGUAGGACAGGGGCCUGGCGCCCAGGCUCUGUGGUGAGCCGGGGGCAGGCAGCCUGGAGGCCCUUGUCCGCAGGGACCUCCUUGCGGCUAGAGUCGCCCAAAGCUAUGCACCGGGGGAGCCCGUGGGCCAGGCCUCCUCCUGGAGCCCCCGAGGGUGGUGGGGUCCCGGCGGCAGGGGCACUCGGGAGCACCGGCUGUGUGUCACACUCACACACACACACACACACACACACUCUCCCGCUGUGUCACACACACACACACACACACACACACACAGCUCACGAAGGCUUGGGGAGGUUGAGCCACUUGCCUGAGGUCACAGAGCCGGGAAGCAGGGGGACGGCUCACCCUGGUUCUGCCCCGCAGCCCCUCUGCCUGCGGCCAGGCCCUCCUGACCUGACAGAGGGAGAGGAUGCCUGGCUCCAUGCCUCCCCUGCCCACACCCGCGGCUGCUGCCUGCCCUGGUCUCCGGGCCCGUCCUGCGGGUGCUGA